AUGAGACUGAACUCUGACACGGAGGAAAAUGCAAGGUUGCUGGAAGCAGAAAAGGAGGAAGGUCCAGUGCAAGACAACGCCGAAGUACGAUGGCCAAAGCCGGGCACAGAUGGUCAGCAGCUGCGCGGUCGGGAGUCUGGGUCGAUGGAGCAAACGGUCGCGGUGGACCCAGAAGCUGCGGUCCCGCCCCCGGGAGAAGUCGCAACGCCCACUCCUGUCGACCCCAAAAGCCAAUCUGCAACCGAGCACGUGGCAGCGGACAAGGUGACCGAUGAAGCGAAAGCCGAAGCAACGAAAACUGAAGGAGGGAAAGCCGAAGGAACGGAAACCGAAGGAACGGAAACCGAAGGAAAACGGCCAACAGAGUCGGCUUGCAUUUUGGACGGGAGCAAGUUGAUACUACGCAUAGCCAGUCCUGGUAAGCCGUUCCAGGUGGACCACGGGUUGAAGAUCAUAAUGGCGGAUGGACCUUUGAAGCGGAUUGAGCGAUCAUUAUUGCACAGCACGUACGUGACGGAGGCGUCAGACACGACGGUGGUGGUGGAUGCGGGUGGGCCGGGGUUGCGGUUUGCGCCGUUGUUGCCUUCGUUAUUGGACGGCGUAGUAUACACACGAGAUGGGUGCACACAUGUGGUCUUAUCCGGCACGGGCGCGAUCCAACGCAGCCGUGUCAGCGCCCCGAAUAUGCCAACGCGGGUUGUUAACAAGUUCGUCGCUCAACAACAUUUCAGAUUCCACACUGAAACGGAAGCUACAGACACGGAGGAGGUGUUCUUCCCGUGGUCAACUUUAGGACAUCACUCAGGUCAGGGUGGCGUUAUCUUUGUGCGCUGCGACGACAGCAUUUAUUCGCACCGCUUAAAACCGCGCAAACUCGACCUUUCGGAGGGACGAGUCAUCGCUUGGUCGGCCGGUAUCACCUUCCAGAAUAACAAGGGCUGGUUCUGCUUCAAACGUCUAUCAAGCGCCGCCGGCCAAGGCUCCGUCUGGAUCGACAACGGCAAGUCCAUGAACAAUCCCAACGUCGUUUUGACCUAA